AUGGCGUUGACAAUCACAGAGAAUGAUCUUGUAAGAAGAACAAGAAAUCACCGAAGCUGGCCGUCUACGAGUUUCAGAUCGGCAUGGACAGAAUCUCCAACUUCAGAUGUGUUCAACUUCCGGCGGGGUGAACACACACACGAGGAUAAUGAAGAAGAUCUCAAAUGGGCUGCCAUUGAGCGCUUGCCCACAUUUGAUCGCAUGAGAAAAGGGAUGCUGAGGGUAAUGCUUGAUAAUGGGAAGGUUGUGCAUUGCCCAGUUGAUGUCACCAAUCUUGGGUUGCAAGAUAAGAAGUUGUUACUUGAGAGUGUGCUAAAGUUUGUGGAAGAUGAUAAUGAAAAUUUCCUACGCAGACUCAGAGAUAGGAUUAAUCGGGUGGGGAUUGAAAUUCCAAAAAUUGAAAUCCGAUACGAGAACUUAUCGGUGGAAGGAGAUGUGUACGUUGGAAAAAGAGCACUCCCUUCUUUACUUAACGUUGCUCUCAACACUUUUGAGAGUAUUAUGGGAUUGUUUCACCUUGUACCUUCCAAGAAGAGAAAUAUUCAAAUUCUCAAAGAUGUCAGUGGAAUCGUAAGACCAUCAAGGAUGACCCUACUCUUAGGUCCUCCAGGUGCAGGAAAAACAACAUUGCUUCUAACACUUGCAGGGAAGCUUGACCGGGACUUAAAGGCUUCUGGGAGAAUCACUUACUGUGGCCAUAAAUUAAAUGAAUUUGUUGCUAGAAAAACUUGUGCCUAUAUUAGUCAGCAUGAUCUUCACAGUGGACAAAUGACAGUGAGAGAGACAUUAGAUUUUUCAGGACGUUGUUUAGGUGUAGGCACAAGGUAUGCAAUGUUGGAAGAACUUUCAAGAAGGGAAAGAGAAGCAGGAAUUAAGCCUCACCCUGAAAUUGAUGCAUUCAUGAAGGCUAUAGCCAUAUCUGGCCAAAAAACUAGUUUGGCAACUGAUUAUGUUCUCAAGAUACUUGGAUUGGAUAUUUGCGCUGACAUUAUGGUUGGUGAUAACAUGGCAAGGGGUAUAUCUGGCGGACAAAAGAAACGUGUCACAACAGGGGAAAUGCUUGUAGGACCGGCAAAGGCACUUUUUAUGGAUGAAAUAUCAACAGGAUUAGAUAGUUCCACCACUUUUCAAAUAUGCAAGUUCAUGAAGCAAAUGGUUCAUAUAAUGGAUGAAACCAUGGUGAUAUCUCUUCUACAACCAGCACCAGAGACAUUUGAACUAUUUGAUGACAUUAUCCUACUUUCAGAAGGUCAAAUUGUGUACCAAGGUCCACGUGAGAAUGUGCUUGAGUUCUUUGAAAACAUGGGUUUCAAAUGUCCUCCAAGAAAAGGAGUUGCUGACUUUUUACAAGAAGUAACCUCCAAGAAAGAUCAAGAACAAUAUUGGUUUAGAAGAGAUGAACCUUAUAGAUAUAUUGCAGCACUUGAAUUUGCUGAGUCUUUCAAUUCAUUUCACAUAGGAGAGAAACUUGCACAAGAGUUAAAGGUUCCAUAUGAUAAGAGCAGAACCCACCGAGCUGCAUUAGUGAAAGAAAAGUACGGUAUAUCAAACUGGGAACUAUUGAAGGCAUGCUUCGCAAGAGAAUGGUUGCUUAUGAAACGUGACAUGUUUGUUUACAUAUUUAGGAUGACACAGAUUACGGUAUUAUCUAUUUUAGUCUUCACUGUAUUUCUUAGAACUGAAAUGCCAGUGGGUACUGUACAAGAUGGACAAAAAUUCUUAGGGGCAUUAUUUUUUUCUCUAAUGAAUAUGAUGUUUAAUGGGUCAUCAGAACGAGCCAUAAUUGUUUCUAGGCUUCCUGUCUUUUACAAACAAAGGGACUUCAUGUUCUUCCCUGCAUGGGCAUUUGGAUUACCUGUAUCAGUUCUUAAGAUUCCUAUAUCCCUUGUGGAAUCAGGGUUAUGGAUUGUCCUCACAUACUAUACCAUUGGAUUUGCUCCUUCAGCUUACAGAUUUUUUCGACAAUUCUUGGUAUAUUUUAGUGUUCAUCAGAUGUCUAUGUCUCUAUAUCGGCUCAUUGGUGCAGUUGGUAGAACGCAAGUUGUUGCUGGUAUAGUGAAUGGCUUAGUUUAUCAUCUAGUAUUUGCUUUAGGAGGAUUUAUUGUCGAUAGAAAUGAUAUUAAGCCAUGGAUGAUGUGGGGCUAUUACAUUUCUCCUAUGAUGUAUGGUCAGAAUGCCAUUGUUAUAAAUGAAUUUUUAGACGAAAGGUGGAGAAAACCAAAUACAGACCCUAGAAUAGAUGCACCUACAGUUGGAAAAGUAAUUCUCAAGUCUAGAGGCUUUUUCACAGAAGAGUAUUGGUUUUGGAUAUGCAUUGGAGCCUUGCUUGGCUUUGCUUUUCUUUUCAACCUUCUCUUUAUUGCUGCAUUGACUUAUUUGAAUCCUUUCAGUGAUUCAAAGGCAUUCAUCGUGGAUGAAGAUGACAAGGAGAAUGAAAGGUCAAACUCUAGACAGCAUAUCAUUAGUAGAGUUCCAGGUAGAGACGUGGAAACGAAAAAUUCAUCAGAAAUAGCUAGUUCUUCUCAUCAAGAACAAAGAACAAGAAUAGCCCUGCCAUUUCAACCUCUUUCACUUGCAUUCGAUCAUAUGAACUACUAUGUUGAUAUGCCAGCCGAAAUGAAGAGCCAAGGAAUCAAUGAAGAUAAACUUCAACUCCUACAUGAUGUUAGUGGUGCUUUUAGACCAGGCAUAUUGACAGCACUUAUGGGUGUUAGUGGGGCUGGGAAGACAACCCUUAUGGAUGUUUUAGCUGGAAGAAAAACAGGUGGAUACAUUGAAGGAAGUAUUACCAUCUCUGGUUACCCAAAGAACCAAGCAACAUUUGCUCGUGUUAGCGGUUACUGCGAACAGAAUGACAUUCAUUCUCCAUAUGUUACUGUGUAUGAAUCACUAUUAUUUUCAGCAUGGCUUCGACUUCCUUCAGAUGUAAAUACCCAAACACGAAAGAUGUUUGUUGAGGAAGUUAUGGAGUUGGUUGAGCUUAAAUCGAUUAAAGAUGCUAUAGUGGGUCUUCCAGGCAUAAAUGGUUUAUCAACAGAACAAAGGAAAAGGCUUACUAUUGCUGUAGAAUUGGUUGCCAACCCUUCAAUUAUCUUCAUGGAUGAACCAACAUCUGGGCUUGAUGCUAGAGCUGCUGCUAUUGUUAUGAGAACUGUGAGAAAUACUGUAGACACUGGGAGAACCGUUGUGUGCACAAUUCACCAACCAAGCAUAGACAUUUUUGAAGCUUUUGAUGAACUAUUGUUGAUGAAAAGAGGAGGACAAAUUAUCUAUGCUGGAUCUCUUGGUUAUCAUUCACAUAAGCUCAUAGAAUAUUUUGAGGUCAUUGCAGGCGUUCCAAAGAUCAAAGAUGGCUAUAAUCCGGCAACAUGGAUGCUUGAUAUCAGCACUCCUUCAAUGGAGGCGCAACUUGGCAUAGAUUUUGCAGAGAUCUACACUGACUCUACACUUUACCAAAGGAAUCAAGAGCUUAUCAAAGAGCUCAGUACUCCACAACCAGGUUCCCAAGACCUAUGCUUCCCAACUGAAUAUUCUCAAUCAUUCUUUGUGCAGUGGAAAGCUUGUUUUUGGAAACAAUAUUGGUCAUAUUGGAGAAAUCCUGCCUAUAAUGGCGUUCGACUCCUCUUCACAUUAGCCAUUGGAAUAUUGUUUGGUCUAAUCUUCUUGAAUAAAGCCAAGAAAAUCCAAACACAACAAGAUUUAUCAAAUGUUUUGGGAGCCAUGUUCGCUGCUGUGAUGUUUCUUGGAAGCUUGAAUGCAAUGGGAGUGCAGCCAAUUGUUGACAUAGAAAGAACUAUUUUGUAUCGUGAAAGAGCUGCAGGGAUGUAUUCAGCAAUUCCCUAUGCACUUGGCCAGGUGGCAAUAGAGGCAGUUUAUAAUUUAAUUCAAACAGUCAUUUACACUGUUGUCGUUUACUCUAUGAUUGGAUUUGAAUGGAAGGCUAGGAAAUUGUUUUCAUUCUAUUACUUCAAUGUGAUGUGUUUUAUCUGCUUCACGCUGUAUGGGAUGAUGGUCGUUGCAUUAACCCCAAGUUACCAAAUUGCUACCAUUUGUAGUACCUUCUUCUUGGGCUUAUGGAAUUUGUUCUCUGGCUUUGUCAUUCCAAGAACGCAAAUUCCUAAAUGGUGGAGAUGGUACUAUUGGGCUUCUCCUAAUGCUUGGACAAUCUAUGGGCUUGUUACCUCUCAACUUGGAGAUGAAGUUGCACAAAUAGAAAUUCCAGGAGCUGAAAGCAUGAGUCUGAAGGAACUCCUCAAGAAAGGCUUGGGUUUUGACUAUGAUUUCCUACCGGUGGUUGCUGUUGUCCAUGUAGUGUGGGUUCUCAUUUUCAUGUUUGUUUAUGCCUAUGGCAUUAAAUUCCUCAACUUCCAAAAAAGAUAG